AUGCAUUCAGUCGCCAUUGGAUUUGGCAAAUCAAGUGAUUCGGAAAUAUUUUGGGAAUGUGGUGGCAGUAUAGUUUCAGAAAUUUUCGUCCUUACCGCGAGCCAUUGCCUAGAAUCCGAUUUCAGAGGUCCAGCACAAUGUGUGCGCACUGGUACAACAAAGUUACAUGAGCCAGAGUCUGGAUAUCAGGAUCGUGUCAUUGUUGAGCGUAUUAAACACCCAAAUUAUACGCCACCAGCACGUUACCAUGACAUUGCCCUACUUAAAUUAGAGAAGUCUCUGGAGUUGAAUGCAGCAGUGCGACCAGCCUGUCUUGAUAUCGAUUCCCAACUCAUCGGUACUUCAGCUAUUGCUAGUGGUUUCGGUAAAACCGUUUUCGAAAAUGAAAAGGGUAGUAAUGAAUUGAUGAAAGUUCAGCUAAAUUAUAUCUCAAAAGAAGACUGUGAGAAAGCUUUCAAACUUGAUUUGGGCACUAAUCAGUUACCAUCUGGAUUCAUACCAAAUAUGAUAUGUGCUGGUAUAUUAGACGGAGGAAAAGAUACAUGUCAGGGAGAUAGUGGAGGACCAUUGCAACGUAUUAUUAACGAACCUUAUUGUAUGUAUAGCCUUGUUGGAGUAACGAGUUUUGGUAAAUUCUGUGGCUUCGAGAAUUCUCCAGCAGUAUAUUCAAAAGUUAGUUCAUAUACUGACUGGAUCGAAAGCAUUGUUUGGCCAGAAAAUUAAAUUAUAUUUUCAG